UUUAAUGGAAUUUGACGUAUUUUUAGUAGAAAUAAUAAUAAUUUAAUUAAUUACUGUGGCGUGAGCUGUUGCAUAAUGGUUAAGAUCUCUGUCAGUGUUAUUUGGGUUGUUCUUUGUCUAUUGAUUUGAUUAUUGUUGUUUUCUGGUCAUGUAUUGUAUUAUACUUUUGGUUAUUUAAAUCUCAGGAAAUUUUGUGUUCAAAAUUUGUUUCUUGUAUGGUUCUUGCAUCUAUUGAACAGUUGAUUGGAAAAGUGUACCUUAUUUCCAUUUCUUUCUGUCCUGUUUUUCUUCCUUCUUCGUUUAAAAUAUUGGGAUUGAAGUCAACCUGUGGAAUUAUUGCAAUGGUUGACUGCCUGUGCUUCAGUGAACUAAAAUUGUGGUUUCUUGAUGAUCCGGACUAUCUUCAUCUAUUAUAGGAAUAUAUUUUUGUUUGUUGAUCCUUCUGUGGUGCAAAAUAUGCUUCAACUUUAUCAGAUGGGCAAAUGGCACUCAUAUUUUCAUUGACACUAAGUGAAUAGGUAAAAUGUUAAGUGGCCAGUGGGGUGAAAAUGCUGCUGGGAAAAAUUAGAUGGCCAUGGAAUGUAUAUCAUGGAGAUGCAUCUGUAACUAAAGGACUGCUAAGUGAUAUUCCUCCAGAAAUUGAGUUGUCUGAGUAUCAGAGGUUACCAAGUGGUGACACUGAGAAUCCUCCUGGUCUUCUUAAUGAUGAAAGCUUGAAAGUGGAAACAGUUACAGAUUUGGAUUUGUUCUAUUCAAGGGUAUACAGUUACUACUGUGAAAAAGGGCUUUGGUGCAUUGUAACCAAGUGGAUAGUGGAAAUUUUGAGCUUGGGUUUCAUGAUUUGUUUUUCGGGAUUUUUCCUUUUGUUUGUGGAUUGGCACAAUCUUCGCAAUGCUAAGUGUGGAGUUGAUGCCAUUGAAUCGGGAAGUAAACCAUGUGACCUUGUCAAGGAAGUUGUUCAUAGCAAACCAUUCAUGCCAUUCACUCUUUUCAAGGGAAUCGUUGCAGUGUACUUGGGAUUAUUUUCCAUUUAUUGGGCCUUCUGUUUCUUGAGGUUUUUUGCUCAGUUGAAGGGCACAAUUGCUGUUCGUAAUUUCUACAACAACAGUCUCAAUAUCAAUGACCGUGAAGUUCAGACAAUAUCCUGGUCAGCAGUUUUAGAGAAAGUUGCACAAGUGCGUUGUCCAUCUGUGGUUAAGGAUCUCUCUGCCCAUGACAUAGUAAUGCGCAUCAUGCGCAGGGAAAACUACCUGAUGGCGAUGUUAAAUAAAGGUGUUCUCGCUGUUCCAGUUCCCUAUUGGGUCCCUGGCGCUGGUCCUGCUAUUAAUUCUGCCAAUGGUGGUGGCCGCAAGAACCGUCUCAUAUUGACAAAGACCCUUGAGUGGUGCCUGAAUUGGUGUAUAUUGCAAAAUAUGUUUGAUAGGAACUUCAUGAUUCGGAGAGACUUUGUCAACAACCCCUUUGCAUUAAGGAAAAAGCUUAUGGCUUUUGGGUUUGGGAUGCUUUUGGUAUCUCCUUUCCUUGCUAUUUUUAUGUUGGUAUAUUGCUUUCUAAGGCAUGCGGAACAGUUCUACAACCAUCCAAGCACAGCAUCAUCUCGAAGGUGGUCAAAUUUGUCAAAAUGGCUACUUAGAGAAUUUAAUGAGGUGGAUCAUUUGUUCAGACAUAGGCUCAAUACUGGCAGUGUACAUUCUGUAGAAUACUUGAAACAGUUCCCCUGUCCUAUGGUAUCACUGAUAGCGAAAUUUAUAUCAUUUGUGGCUGGUGGGUUUGCGGCUGUUCUCAUUAUAAUUGCUUUUCUGGAUGAGUCUCUGCUAGAAGCUCAACUAUAUGGUCGCAACUUACUCUGGUUUGCUGCUAUUUUUGGAACCAUUACGGCAAUAAGCAGGGCUGUUAUACCUGAUGAGUUACACGUUUUUGAUCCCGAAGGUGCUAUGUCUAUUGUUGUCCAGCACACACAUUAUAUGCCAAAAAGUUGGCGUGGUAAAGAAAAUUCCAAUCAUGUCCGUUCUGAAUUUGAAGCACUUUUUCAGUAUACUGGGUUGAUGUUAUUGGAAGAUAUGGUUUCCAUAUUCCUAACUCCUUACGUUCUUUUCUUUUUGCUGCCAAAGAAAGUAGAUGGAAUUUUGAAAUUCAUUUCUGAUUUCACAGUGGAUGUUGAAGGCGUUGGCCAUGUUUGCAGUUUGAGUGUGUUCGACUUUGAAAGCCAUGGAAACAGAAAGUAUGGAUCCCCAUACCACACAUCCAAGGAGAAGAGAAGUUGUCAAGGGAAAAUGGAGAAGUCUUUCUUGAGCUUUAAGAACAACUACCCGAGUUGGGAGCCAAAUGCUCGUGGAAAGCAGUUCUUAUCAACGCUACAAGAUUUCCAAGAACAAGUUCAAGGCCAUCAAAUUCCUCAAAGAUUCUCUGAUAACACGAGAAGUGUUUCGCUUGGAGAGCUCCAUCAGAGGUUGUCCUUAUCGAACAAAGCCCAAGUGGGUCAGACCUGGAUGGGGCCACCAUUCAUGGUUCAGAAUCGGAGCGACGAGCAAUUAACUUUCAAGACUGAACAAGCAGACUGCCCUUACUUGCUUGACCAUUAUUAUGUUUCAAGGCCCCUCCAUGAAGCAAGGAGUGGAGAUUCAUUGUGUUCGGUGGGGGCCAAUGGAGCUCCGCCAAGUGUUACUCCAUUUUGCGAGUCAAGUGGAAAAGAGAGAGAAAGGGACUUUCUUAAGGACCAGAGGGCAAAGAGUCAUUUUGACGCUUCUUGCUCCAGCACAGCUUUUGGGGAGCACUCACUUUGGGAAAAUAAGCCUGUCGAGGAUGGAAAGGCAGUGACAAGCCACUGGUGGGCAAGGCCGCGACCCCGAUCUGGUUCACGCAAUAGCUUUCUUGAGCCUACUAGCAUUGUGAGUCCCAUUGUUCAUGAACCUUGGGAUGAUUCUAACCAUUCAUUUGGGAGUGAUGAGCAUGAGCGGUUCUUGCAUACCCACAAUUCUCAAAGUUCUUUGAGAAAAUAUGUGGAUGAUAUGAGGAUCUAGGUUUCGAUCUGCCAUUUUGUGAUGCUUAUGAGCCACCAAGGAGCCCAUGGUUUGAAUUUGCUGAAGCAAGUGGGGACAAGAUAAAUUGAUCAAUGAAUAUGCUCUUUCUUUGAUAAUUAGAUGACUAGGUGGUACGUUCUCCAUUAUUCAAUGAUUGUUAUAUUCUAAAUUGGGUCCUUAUACCAAAAUGAAUAAAAUUUCUCAUGCUGAUGA